CAUACGCUACCAGCAAAGCCAGUCGAAGUGAGGGCUGCCAACCCAACGACGCUGACGUCAUUAUGACGGGAUGUGAGGGAAUAUACGUUACAUACAUUAGGCUUUAAUAAUUGUUUCGCUGUAACAUGAGCGGAUUAAAGUGCGCUAUUUACCGAUACGGGCUCACCAUAAAUCGCCAUGCUUACUGCCAAUUAGGCACGGAUUAUCGGAGGGUUUUUGGUUGUGUUAACAAUCAUAACCUCUCAAAAUAUAACCUACAAAUAUAUCGUACCAAACAUGAAAAUGCUUCAAUUACACCGAAACUGAUAGAUGAUCGCGAAAUAAAUUCUAUCACUCAGAAUGGAAAGCCAUUUCGAACUUUUCCCAAUCUCAGUGAAGGUCCCGAUCUAAAAGACUUUAUUAAGUCAGAUGUUACCGUAGAUUCUACGGAGGCUGAACCUGUUCCUUAUUUAAAAGCAACUUGCGGUAAUGACCGGAAAGUUUAUUUUAGUGUUUACGGAUGUCAGAUGAAUGUAAGUGACACAGAAAUCAUUUGGUCGAUUUUGAAGAAAACUGGUUAUCAAAAGACUGAUACCAUGACAGAGGCUGAUGUAAUUUUGCUUGUGACAUGUGCCAUUCGGGAUGCAGCUGAACAGAAGAUAUGGCACAAACUUGUUCAUUUGAAACAUUAUAAAAAAUGGAGAAGUCUUCGGUCAGACAAACCACCACUCAAAGUUGGUUUGCUAGGUUGCAUGGCGGAGAGAUUGAAGCAUAAGUUACUGGAGACGGACAAGAUAGUGGAUGUUGUAGCAGGUCCCGAUAGUUACAAGGACUUACCUCGAUUACUAUCCCUUACAGAAGAUAAUCAAACAGCUAUCAAUGUGAUUUUAUCGUAUGAUGAAACAUAUGCCGAUGUGACACCAGUUCGAAUCAAUCAAGAUUCUGUUACUGCCUUUGUUUCAAUUAUGCGAGGGUGUGACAACAUGUGCACUUACUGCAUAGUUCCCUUCACACGUGGUAGAGAAAGGUCUCGUCCAAUCGCUAGCAUUCUUGAUGAGGUAUCACAUUUGUCCGACCAAGGAGUAAAAGAAGUUACUCUACUUGGGCAAAAUGUUAAUAGUUACAGGGAUUUAUCAGAGUCAAAAUUUGCGACUGCAGAUAAAAGUGAUCCCAAAUUGGCAGCAGGAUUCAAAACUGUUUACAAACCGAAAAUUGGUGGAUUGCGAUUCAGUGAUCUGUUAGACAAAGUAUCACAGAUUAACCCAGAAAUGAGGAUAAGAUUUACGUCACCCCAUCCAAAAGAUUUUCCUGACGAAGUAUUGCAGUUGAUAGCUGAACGACCUAACAUCUGUCGCAACAUACAUUUACCUGCUCAGAGUGGAAAUUCAACGGUCCUGGAAAGAAUGAGACGAGGCUAUACUAGAGAAGCUUAUAUUAGUUUAGUUGAGCACAUACGCGAAAUCAUACCAGACAUUAGUUUAUCGAGCGAUUUUAUUUGCGGGUUUUGCGGUGAAACUGAAGAAGAGUUUGCAGACACAAUUUCACUCAUGCAAAUGGUCAAAUACAAUAUGGCUUACCUAUUUGCUUACAGCAUGCGGGAAAAAACAACCGCACAUCGACGUCAUGAGGAUAAUGUUGAUCCCAAAGUAAAACAAGAUAGACUCCGGAGGAUGAUUACAAUUUACAGAACUGAGGUGCAAAAAUUGAAUGAGGCAAUGAUUGGGCGACAGUAUUUGGUCCUCGUUGAAAAGAAGAGUCGAAAAUCCGAAUUUAAUAUGCAAGGUCGAACCAGUGGGAAUAUAAAAGUGAUAUUUCCGCGUGGUUCAAUACAAGACAAUAGAUGUACAACUAAAAGCCGUAAUAUUGAAGCUGGUGACUAUGUUGUUGUGCAGAUAAUUAAUGCUAAUUCGCAGGUUCUCAAAGGGAUUCCGCUUUAUCACUCAUCAAUUACGCAGUAUGCACUCAGUACUGGUAAUCACUAUGAAAGGAUGGCCUAUAACUUGUAAAAAAUGUACAAAAUUAUAUAAUGAAUAUUAAUUAA